AUGGCGGACAGCAGCGACAGCAGCGACAGCAGCGACUCAAACCAGGGCAAAUAUGAGAAACUGAGAACGGAGCUCGUCAAGAGGCUAAGUGCUUCGCAAGCGAGGAAAACCAAGCAGCUGCUGGAGACCGAAGAGAUGGGCGAUCGGCGUCCAUCCCAGUUCCUCCAACACCUCCGCGGCCUGGCGGGGACAGCUAUCCCAGACGACCUCCUGCGAUCCUUAUGGCUGGGUCGGCUCCCAUCGCCUACCCAAUCGAUCCUGGCCACGCAGACUAACGCAUCAUUGGACGCGUUGGCCGAACUGGCCUACGCCAUUGCGGAUACCAACCCCCAGCCGCAGGCAGCUGCAGUGUCCUCCCUGGAGGCAAUGGUGGACAAGAUGGCCGCCCUGAUGUCCGCGAAGAUCGGGGAAAUGGCCGCGACAUUGCGGCAAGAGAUCUCGGCAGUUGCCACCAGCGCAGCGCAGGAGUCGCUCGGACGGCUCGCCGCCCGUGGGAUACCGCUCCCGCUCCCGCUCCCGCAGAAAGGGCCCGCCAGGAGCCUGCUGGUGCUCCACGCCCUGUACGUACCAGAUGGGAAACGACAAGGGGACGCAUUGAUGGCGGCCGGCGACCCUUCCCUGCAUACCGGCCGCCACCUGUUCAUCACAGAGCGGGUUACCAAGAUCGCCACCUACGGCUUUGUCACACUCACCCUCAACUUAGGACUUCGAAGGGACUUGGUCUGGCGUUUUGUGGUGGCCGAAGUGACUAAGCCCAUCCUUAGGGCAGAUUUUCUCUAUCACUUUGGCUUGCUAGUUGACAUCCGGAAUCGACACCUAGGGGACAGCACUACCUCUCUCACCUCGGUUUGUACCAUUACCACAAGUCAAGUCUGUAGUGUCAAAACGCCUGCACCCACUCCGCCAUGCCCCGAGCUACUACACAAGUUCGCCAGCCUCACACAGCCUGCAGGCUUCCCCCAGCCAGUGCAGCACUCCACCGUGCACCAUAUCAACACCAUGCCAGGACAGCCAGUGCACAGCAGACCGCGCCGCUUGGCUCCAGACCGACUGCUGAAUGCCCGCACCAUCCUGGACAGGUACCCCAUCCCGCACAUUCAGGACUUCUCUCACUCAUUGCAUGGCAAGACCAUCUUCUCCACCAUCGAUUUAGUCCGAGCGUACAGUCAGAUCCCAGUCGCCAUGGUGGACAUCCCCAAAAUCCCCAUAACCACUCCAUUCGGAUUGUUUGAAUUCCCGUUCAUGUCUUUUGGCCUCCGCAAUGCUGCACAAACAUUCCAGCGGUUCAUGGACAAGCAUCUGACUGAGCUCUUCGACCGCCUCACGAACUAUGGGCUUCUCAUCAACCCUAGCAAGUGCGUCUUUGGCGAGUCCUGUGUCACAUUUUUGGGACACACCAUCACAGUCGACGGCUCCCAACCUCUGCAAGAGAAAGUCCGUGCUAUCCGGGACUUCCCCAAGCCUACCACAGCAAAACAGCUGUGCCAGUUGACUGGCAUGGUGAACUUCCAUCGACGGUUCGUUCCAAGGGCUGCGGCAGCACAGGCCCCCCUGCAUGAGAUCUUACGAGGGGCAGCCAAAGGCAAAGAUACCAUCGUCUGGACGGCCGCAAGCAGCAUGGCAUUCGAAGAUUGUAAGGCCAAGCUUGCCUCAGCGACCCUGCUGGCCCACCCUAUCCCCGACGCCCCCCUGGCUCUCGUGACAGAUGCUUCGGACUUUGCAGUAGGAGCGGUACUCCAGCAACAGGUACGCAACCACUGGCAACCCUUGGCAUUCUCUGCGAAGAUGAACCCAGCACAGCAGAAGUAUGGAGCCUAUGACAAGGAGCUCCUCGCCAUCUACCUAACUGUUCGGCACAUCGACUUCAUUGGACAAUUCACUACAGACAUUCGCCAUAUUCCCGGCUCGACCAAUACUGUGGCGGACUCCUUGUCCCGGUUGGAAUCGGUCACAGCUCCAGUCGACUAUCAUGCUCUGGCGCGGGCUCAAGCAGCGGAUGAGGAGUUGCGGAAGUUCCUGCAGCGCGACUCCAGCCGGCGGCUGAAGAAGGUCAAGAUCCCGGACUCGCCACUGGAAGUUUACUGCGAUGUGUCCACACCGACAACUCGGCCUUUCCUGACCCCACAGUUACGCCGAGCGGCAUUUGACAUGGCGCACCGGCUGGUGCACCCGGGCAUCAAGGCGACAGGGAAGUUGGUCUCACAACGUUUCGUCUGGCCGUCCAUGCAAGCAGAUUGUCGACGGUGGGCCCGAUCCUGCAUACCGUGCCAGCGGUCGAAGAUCGCAUGGCACACCUCCUCGCCGGUAGGAUCUUUCAUACCUCCUUCCUCCAGGUUCGACCAUGUUCACCUAGACCUGGUCAGGCCCCUCCCGAGUUCCCGAGGCUUUCGCUACUGCCUCACCAUGGUUGACCGCUUCUCCCGCUGGCCAGAGGCCAUACCUGUCGAGAACAUCGAGGCAACUACAGUCGCCAGAGCCUUCUUCACCACAUUGGUGGCACAUUUUGGCGCCCCCCUGAGAGCCACCACCGAUCAAGGCCGACAAUUUACGUCCUCUCUGUUCGCGGCCUUCGCAGCCUUGGUGGGCAUGACUCAUCUCCAGACCACCGCCUACCACUCGGCCUCCAACGGGAUGGUGGAGAGGUUGCACCGUUCGCUCAAGGCAGCCAUCUGCUGCCAUGCUACCGAGCACUGGGUAGAUGUCCUACCUAUUGUCUUGCUCGGCAUUCGAGCCACCUGGCGGGACGACCUCCGUGCCUCCACUGCGGAGUUGGUCUACAGUCAGCCCCUGUGCCUACCGGGGGAAUUUCUCGGAGAACAUCCGGAUUCCCCUCGGUUCGAUGCCCCCGGCCUGGUGACGGACCUCUGCCUUCACUUCCGAGACCUGCGGCCAGUCAGCGGCUCGCGGCAUGGUGAGACAAGGCAGUUUGUCUCCAGGGACCUUCCGACGGCCACUGAGGUCUUCGUCUGCUGCCAGGGGCAAAAGGGGUCCCUAUACGCGCCCUACGAGGGCCCCUUCCCCGUACUCGGCAGAACUCCGAAAACUGCAACUCUCUUGAUGCAUGGCCAGCGCACCACGGUCUCCAUCGAUCGACUCAAGCCUGCCUACGUCUUGGCCGACCAGGAUCCACCAGCCAAAGUCGCUCCCCCUACUGGAGCGGAAACACCUCCCCAGCAACAUCGGGGGCCCACCACGACUGCCCCCGCUCCUUCGUGA